CGCUGAUAAGCGGCGUGCCGUUGGCAGCUAGAGAGAGGUUGACUAUGAGGAAGAGUGGCAGACUGUAACUGAUUCUAUGGUGGAGGUGGUGGCCCGUGUCACUCGCAGGUGUUGGCGUUCUUGUAUAGUGUGUGAGUGUGAGUGUGGUACCGCGGCCAACUGGCAUACUGUGUCACGUUAUGGACUUGACACACUGCUCGGGAGGAGGUGACUACCUACAGCAGAAAUGGAACACGAAUCAACCAGCAGGAUAAACACGAAAGUGGACAUUUAGAGGCUGAAAGUGGACAUUUAGAGGUGGAAACUGGACAUUUAGAGGUGGGAAGUGGACAUUUAGAGGCGGAAAGUGGACAUUUAGAGGCGGAAAGUGGCGAUUUAGAGGCGGAAAGUGGACAUUUAGAGGCGGUAAGUGGCGAUUUAGAGGUGGAAAGUGGACAUUUAGAGGCGGUAAGUGGCGAUUUAGAGGCGGAAAGUGGAUAUUUAGAGGCGGAAAGUGGACAUUUAGAGGCGGAAACUGGACAUUUAGAGGCGGAAAGUGACCAUUUACAAGCGGAAAGUGGACAUUAAGAAGCGGGAAGUGACCAUUUAGAGGCGAGAAGUGUGUAUUUAGAAGUACCAAGAAUGCAUAAUCCCCAACACAGAAAAAUGGAAGACGCGGGAAGACAUACAUAACGACCCGAGUAAUUUAAUACAACGCGGACCAAGGAAUCGCCUCAGAAGCCAUUGUUUCAGUAACUGAGACCUCAAGUCUAAGUGUCGCGCUUCAAGAUACAUACAUUAACACUUAUCUUGUGUAAUUAAUAAGUGGAAUGGAACUGAUGGAAAUGUAGCAAUACUGAAGACAUUCUGGAAACCAUCACUGACCAUAAUGGAGGCGGGGGAGGGAGGGACGCGGAGGGUGGAGGUCAACAGGCCGCCCCAACUGGUCAACACGGCGCCCAUCACACACUUCCCAGACAACUCCAUAACUACCUCUAAGUACACGCUGGUGACCUUCCUGCCCAAGAACCUGUUUGAACAGUUCCGGAGAUUGGCCAACUUCUACUUCCUAUGUCUGGCCAUCAUUCACCUAACCAUCGACAGUCCCGUGUCACCGAUGACGAGCAUCCUGCCGCUGGUGUUCGUGGUGGCGGUGACGGCGGUGAAGCAGGGCUACGAGGACUGGCUCCGUCACCGAGAGGACAACAAGGUCAACAACGCCGCCUCCAGAGUCCUGCGGGACGGUGUCGUUACGGAGGUGCGCCGGCGGGACAUCAUUGUGGGGGACGUGGUGGAGGUGGCGGACGAGGAGGAGUUCCCCUGCGACCUCGUCCUCCUGGCCUCCCACCACCCGGAGGCCACCUGCGACGUCAUCACCGCCAACCUCGACGGAGAGACCAACCUCAAGACGUUCCUGUGUCCGACCCUGACCUCUGACCUUCAUUCCCCUCGCGACCUUUGGCACCUGAGUGCCACCAUUGUGUGCCAGCUGCCGCACCCGAACCUGUACGACUUCAAGGGUCGGCUGGAGGUGUACCGGGGGGUCUCCCUGGCCGACACGGCCUCCCAGGCCGACACGGCCUCCCUGGCCACGGAGAACCUCCUCCCCAGGGGCGCCAGACUCAAGAACACCUCCACCGUCUAUGGUGUGGCGGUGUACACUGGAAUGGAGACCAAGAUGGCCCUAAACUCAAAGAGAGCCAGCAACAAGUUCUCCACAGUAGAAAAGUCGAUGAACUAUUUCCUGGCGUUCUUCCUGUUGGUGCUGGCGCUGGAGGUGGCGGCGUGCACCGCCCUCAAGUACCACCUCUACGACCACGAUGUCAUGAGUACGAUGUGGUACGUGGGACAGACCAACAACGGAACAGUGACUUUUGAUGAUGUGUACCAAGACAUCUUCUCCUUUCUCAUCAUCUUCAGCUACAUCAUUCCCAUCUCCCUCUACGUCACGCUGGAGAUGCAGAAGUUUCUUGGGACGAUGUUCCUGCGGUGGGACGAGGACGUGGCCCUCGGCGGCGGCGGCGACGACGACGGGGCGCGUGUCAACACCUCCGACCUAAAUGAGGAGCUGGGACAGGUGAAGUACCUCUUCACCGACAAGACGGGAACGCUGACGGAGAACAUCAUGCACUUCCGACAGUGUUCUGUAGAGGGCGUCAGGUACACUGAAGCAGAGGGAGGUCUCCAUCUUCUGCGGGAGGAGACGUUUGCUUCAAAGCCCCUCGGGCACCUUCCGGAGGCGGUGGUGAGGUUCCUGGUGACCCUGGCACUGUGUCACACGGUGCAGGCAGUCUCUCCACGCCCAACACCCGAAGACCCAACACCCGAAGACCCAACACCCGAAGACCCAACACCCGAAGAGCCAACACACGAAGAAGGGGCAGGGAUGCAGGAACUGAUCCCAGAGUACCACGCCUCAAGCCCGGACGAGAAGGCUAUUGUUGAAGCCUGCGCCAGGUGCGGCGUUGUGUUUGCAGGGAUGAAGGGGAGUCAAGCGAGCGUCCGUGUCCGGGGCCGCCUCUGGUCAUACACGCGCCUGCAGGUCCUCCACUUUGACCCAGACCGGAAGUGCAUGUCGGUGGUGGUGCGAGAGGAGGCGUCGGGCAAGAUCUGGCUGCUGACGAAGGGAGCCGAGAGCAGCGUAUUGAAGCGAUGUUGCAUCAACACUCCGGAGCUGGAGCGCCUCCACUACACCACCCUCUCCCACAUCAACGACUACGCCAUGCGAGGCCUGAGGACGCUGGCGGUGGGUCGGAGAGAACUCUCUUACAAGCAGUACAGGAUCUUGGCGGACCAGUUGGAGAACGCUCGCCAGGUGGUGGAGGACCGGGAGGCGGCGGUGAAGGAGGUGAUGGAGAACAUGGAGACUGAGCUGAGGCUGCUGGGAGCCACCGCGGUGGAGGACCUUCUACAGGAAGGUGUUCAGGAGACUCUGGAGUCUCUCAGAGCGGCGGGCAUUAAGGUGUGGGUGUUGACGGGGGACAAGGUGGAGACGGCUGUCAACAUCGCCUACUCCUGCGGUCACUUCAAGCGGUUCAUGACUGUCCUCUCCUUGACCGGCCUCCGGGACCUUGACCACGCCGUCGCCUCCCUGCGACAGUGCCAAGAAGCCUCGAGGGCGGAGGGCUCGUUCGGGCUGGUGGUGGACGGCGUGUCCCUGCUCUGGCUGCUCGACCACUUGAGGGACGACUUCUACACGCUCUGCCGCAGGUGUUGGGCCGUUGUCUGCUGCAGGAUGUCUCCCAGGCAAAAAGCUGAGACGGUGCGGCUGGUGAAGACCUCGAGCGAGAGACCCGUCUGCGCCGCCGUCGGGGACGGCGCCAACGACGUCCCCAUGAUCAAAGAAGCCAACGUCGGUCUAGGUAUCAUGGGCAAGGAAGGUCGACAGGCAGUGAGGUGCGCGGACUUCGGCAUAUCAAGAUUCCGGUUCCUACAGAAGGUGCUCUUCGUCCACGGUCACUGGAACUACGUUCGUGUCACUGUUUUCGUCCAGUUCUCCUUUUAUAAGAACGUGGCUUUCAACACACCCAUAGUGUUCUACACUGCAUGGAGCGCUCUCUCCACGCAGUGUGUUUACGAGAGUUUGGUGCUGACCAUGUUCAACAUCACCUUCACCACUCUACCGGUCCUGGUGUUCGGCCUCUUCGAGCAGAACCUUCCCUCGCACCUCCUCCUGUCACGGCCGCAUCUCUACCAACGCAACGCGGACAACGUCGGCAUGUCCUGGCGCCUGUUCUUCAAAUGGAACCUCUUUGCGCUGUGGCACGCCCUCGUGAUGUACCUGGGGUUGAUGCUGGUCUGCUUCGACGACACGUGCGGGCUGCCCGACGGCCAGACUCCGGACCUCUACCUCUUCGGACUAGCGCUGGGCACACUGUGUGUCUUCGUCACUAACUUGAAGAUAGCACUGGAGAGCCACUACUGUACCAUAGUCUUCGUGGGGUCGCUGCUCAUUACAUUCCUGGGCUACUCAGCCACCUACAUUAUAUACAGCGGUCUGCCUGUAGAACCGUUCACCACGUACGGCAUCUUCUGGGUAUACUACAGGAUGCUGGAGAGCGCCUCCCUCAACCUGGCCUGUGUGGUGCUGGGCCUCCUGGCACUCCUGCCGGACGCGCUCUCUAAGGUCUACGACCACACACUCGACAGAGAAAGGCGGGUGUUGAAGAGAGGAAGACUGAUAAAACAAGACGCCCCAAAUCCUUCAGCAACAAAAAACAUCGCAACUUUUUGGUUUAACAAGACGUGUAAAAAUCAAGUCACAAAAUUCUAAGAUAAAAAACCAAGAGAGUUAAGUGUAUUUAUCCAUACAACUUAACUGUGGGUGGAUUUCCCCACAGUUAGGGGUAUAUCUCAACAGUUUAACUGUGUAGGGGACAUACCCACUGUGGGGGAUAUAACCACAGUUUAACUGAAGCCACUUAGAAGAGUGGUUAUCACCCUCACCUCACAAGCGAAUGGCCUGAGGACGAUGAGUCACAAUAACGUGGCUAAAGUACAAUCAAUUGACUUGAGAAUGGUCCAGGACGGACCGAAACGCCGUCGUCCCUUCACCUUCUAGUGUGCGUGGUCUGGUCAACAGAAUGGCCUGAGGUUUGAACCCUGUAUUGGUUGAAACAACCUGCAAAUCUUUCCGUCAGUUCCCAACAGUAACUGGGGACCUGGGUGUAUAUCGAUAUGCGAUUGUGUUCCGAGAACAAAGUUUAUAAUGAGAUGUGACAGAGACAGCUCAUAGCCUGUUGAAAAAAGUAACAAGUUCGCAGCUUCAGGUCAAUCUGUGAGCCAUCCAGGACUAGUGCAGCAAAAGUGCAUAAGUGCAAUAUGUGUUAUCUGGGAGAACUGAUAGCGGUGCAAACUGUGUAACUUUGUCCAGAUGUAACACUAUUAAUGGAAUUAAUAAAUCUGUUUAACGUUAA